AUGAGAGCAACAGCACUUCUCCCCAUGGCAUGUGCCAUUGUGGGAUUUGUCCUCUCCAUGCUUUGUCUCUUCGCAGGACACAAGCCAGGUUUUAUGGAAGAAUACCAUAUCAUCACACUUAAUACCUCCACGCUGGGGCAUAAUCUCAUCGAUAACGCUGCCACAACCACCACUUCCUCGACCGCUAAACCGACAGCUACCUCGGUCGGCUCUUUCCUCAGCGGCAUUAAACAUAAUAUUACGGAUACCAUCGAAGGGGAUCUCAAUGGCAUUCUCAACGAUGUCGCGGACAAGCUGUCGAAAAAGCUGGGUAUCAAGCAAUGGUACAGUUUGCAUCUGAUGGAUUCAUGCGAAGGAACCUACGCACCCAACGCGACAGAAAAAGGCGCAGAUCUGAACAUCACCACCUGUUCAAACGAGACUGCUAUGUUUCACUUCAACAUCGAGAAACACCUAAACCAACAACUCGAAGCCGGCGGUCUACACAUCAAUCUAACAGAUCUCGACUUCCCAGAUGACAUUCAAAAGGGCCUGAACGCCCUCACCACCGCACUAAAUGCAACCUUUGUCCUGUACUGUAUCGGCAUCGCCGCAGCCGGCAUAGCGAUUCUCACCGCGCUAAUCGCAUUCUUCCUCUCGGGCUCGCGCCUCACAUCAUUCGGCAACCUGGGCCUCACAUCGCUCUCCUUCUUGGCGCUGCUCACCGCGUCUAUAAUCGUCACCGUCAUCAUGAACAAGGCCACUCACCUGAUCAACAAAUACGGCAAUGACAUCGGGCUGUAUGCGUAUAAGGGCGGCAAAUACCUGGCAAUCACAUGGGUGGCUGUGGCGGUCAUGGCACUUGCGAGUCUUUCCUGGAUCGCGGAGUUUUGUGUUGGGCGGAGGAGGACUGGGAGGGAGUUUUCGGAGAAGGGGACGAGGGGCUGGGGAGGCUGGAAUCGGAGAAGGAGUGAUGAGGCUGCUUUGAGGAGGAGUGGUGUUUAA